GCUGACUCUUGUCACUUGAAUUACAACACUUGUGACUUUAUCAAAACAAUGACAAAACAUGAACACAAAAUGCGCUGAAGACUUAGCGGUUAUAACCUUCUCGAAAGAUACAGUGUAACGGUAGGACGAAAUGAAUGACUUGGAUUAUUUAUUUAAACCAAUAGUACUUGUUACUGGAUUUGGUCCAUUUAUAAACCACCCCAUAAAUGCAAGUUGGGAAGCAGUCAAACUUUUAAAGAAGGAUGAAAUCGAAAAGAAGCAUAAAAUUGAACUAGUCCAACUUGAACUACCUGUGACCUAUGAAAAUGUAGACGAGUUUGUUCCAGCUUUAUGGGAGACACAUGAACCUAAGCUCACAAUCCAUGUUGGUGUAUCGAAAAUAGCUAAAGAUAUAACAAUAGAGAAACAAGCUCACCGUAAAGGCUACCAAAGAGUAGACUACUUUGAUAAAUGUCCAGCAAACAAUACUUGCUGUGCAGAAGGGGCUAUAAGAAUUCAGACUAAACUAAAUGUAGAGAAACUAUGCUCAGACUUUAAUGAAAACUCUGUAGAUGGCUCUAAAGCUGUAGUAUCAUUAGAUGCUGGAAGAUAUCUUUGUGAGUACAUUUAUUACACAUCUCUCAGCAUUGACAAUAAUCGCACAUUGUUUGUACAUGUUCCGGAUUUAUCCAUAUAUAGUCCUGAACAAACUGCACAUGCUCUUGAACAUAUUUUAGACCUGUGUUUGGAACAACUCCUUAUACCAUUGCCCCAAGCCAAAGAGGAUGAAAAUGUAUAAUAUUUUCCUAUAAACCUA